CACCUGCCCAAGGUCACGCAGGAGACGCUAGCUGAGGCCGAGAGUUUCUGUCGGGAGUCCCCUUUCCCACUCGGGCCCCUCCAAUCCUGAGCUCUGCGUGCGGGGGCGCGCAUCCCCCAGGCGCCGUUGGUCCAUCAGCCGUCUGUCUGGGUGUCUCCCCAUCCUCUGGCGCCCAGCAGCGAGAGGCAGGGCGUUCUCAGUCCCCGGCCCGCGCCCCACACCCGCAGCCGCCAGACGGCAGCGCCUGCGCCCGCAGCCCCAGCCGGUGUGCGGGAGCCGGGGCCAGGGCUCAGCGGCAGGCGGGCGGGCGGGCGGUCGCACGGUCCCUCGCCACCGAGCUCCCAACCUGCGCUGCGGAGAAGCCCAGCCGUCAGUGCCGGCACCAGCCCUCGAGAUGAAGAAGCUCCAAGGAGCUCACCUCCGCAAGCCCGUCACCCCAGACCUACUGAUGACCCCCAGUGACCAGGGAGAUGUGGACCUGGACAUGGACUUUGCUGCAGACCGGGGCAACUGGACCGGCAAGCUGGACUUCCUGCUGUCCUGCAUUGGCUACUGUGUGGGCCUGGGGAACGUCUGGCGUUUCCCCUAUCGAGCCUACACCAAUGGAGGAGGCGCCUUCCUCGUGCCCUACUUCCUCAUGCUGGCCAUCUGCGGCAUCCCCCUCUUCUUCCUUGAGCUCUCCUUGGGCCAGUUCUCCAGCCUGGGACCCCUGGCUGUCUGGAAAAUCAGCCCCCUCUUCAAAGGUGCCGGUGCAGCCAUGCUGCUCAUCGUAGGCCUGGUGGCCAUCUACUACAACAUGAUCAUCGCCUAUGUCCUCUUCUACCUCUUCGCCUCCCUCACCAGCACCCUGCCCUGGGAGCACUGUGGCAACUGGUGGAACACGGAGCGCUGCCUCGAGCACAGAGGCACCAAGGACAGCAAUGGCGCACUGCCCCUCAACCUCUCCAGCACCGUGAGCCCCAGCGAGGAGUACUGGAGCCGCUAUGUCCUCCACACUCAAGGCAGCCAGGGCAUUGGCAGCCCUGGGGAAAUCCGCUGGAACCUCUGCCUCUGUCUGCUGCUGGCCUGGGUCAUCGUGUUCCUCUGUAUCCUCAAGGGGGUCAAGUCCUCGGGCAAGGUGGUGUAUUUCACGGCCACAUUCCCCUACCUCAUCCUGCUCAUGCUGCUGGUCCGCGGAGUGACACUCCCUGGGGCCUGGAAGGGCAUCCAGUUCUACCUUACACCCCAGUUCCACCACCUGUUGUCUUCCAAGGUAUGGAUCGAAGCUGCUCUUCAGAUCUUCUACUCCCUGGGUGUGGGCUUCGGGGGUCUUCUCACCUUUGCCUCCUACAACACAUUUCACCAGAACAUCUAUAGAGACACCUUCAUCGUCACUCUGGGCAAUGCCAUCACCAGCAUCCUGGCUGGCUUUGCCAUCUUCUCCGUGCUGGGCUACAUGUCUCAGGAGCUGGGCGUGCCUGUGGACCAAGUAGCCAAAGCAGGCCCUGGCCUGGCCUUUGUAGUCUACCCACAGGCCAUGACCAUGCUGCCUCUGUCACCCUUCUGGUCCUUCCUCUUCUUCUUCAUGCUUCUGACGCUCGGCUUGGACAGCCAGUUUGCCUUUCUGGAGACCAUUGUGACAGCGGUGACAGACGAGUUCCCGUACUACCUGCGGCCCAAGAAGGUGGUGUUCUCGGGCCUCAUCUGCGUGUCCAUGUACCUGAUGGGGCUGAUCCUCACCACUGACGGGGGCAUGUACUGGCUGGUCCUUCUGGAUGACUACAGCGCCAGCUUCGGGCUAAUGGUGGUAGUGAUCACCACGUGCCUCGCAGUCACCCGGGUGUAUGGCAUCCAGAGGUUCUGCCGAGACAUCCACAUGAUGCUGGGCUUCAAGCCGGGCCUCUACUUCAGGGCUUGCUGGCUGUUCCUGUCCCCAGCCACACUCCUGGCCUUGCUGGUGUAUAGCAUCGUCAAGUACCAGCCCUCGGAGUAUGGCAGCUACCGCUUCCCUGCCUGGGCGGAGCUGCUAGGCAUCCUAAUGGGCCUGCUGUCCUGCCUCAUGAUCCCUGCUGGCAUGCUGGUGGCUGUGCUGCGAGAAGAGGGCUCACUCUGGGAGAGGCUCCAGCAGGCCAGCCGGCCAGCCAUGGACUGGGGCCCGUCGCUGGAGGAGAACCGGACAGGCCUGUACGUGGCCACACUAGCCGGGACCCAAUCGCCGAAGCCACUGAUGGUGCACAUGCGCAAGUACGGGGGCAUCACCAGCUUUGAGAACACGGCCAUCGAGGUGGACCGCGAGAUGGCAGAGGAAGAGGAGUCCAUGAUGUGAGGCCAGAGGCGGGUGGACAGCAGGCCCUCUAGCUGGGGCCCCAGCCCUGCCAGGUGCAGCUGCACAGCUGGGAUUCUGAGAGGCUGGGAGAGGUUGCUUUGGUGAUGCUGGCCCCCUAGCACAAAUUCCACCUUGUGAUCUGUGCCUGUCCUGAAGCCUCUGCCUGGCCCCUACACAACACACACACACACACACACACACAGGACAGCCUUGCUCUGCAGAGGGCAUAUUAAGGCCAGCGAGGGAGGGACUGGCCCAAGGUCACAUGGCAGAGAGGGCUUGGCCCCGGGCCUCUGGACCAGUCAGCAUCUGUUCCCCACAUUGUCACCUCUGCUCAGGGCCCAGACCCUACUCUGCUCAGUGUCCUCUCCCACACAGCCUGAACUUCAGGGCAUCAAGAGGCUCUCAAAGCUCCCAAGGCCCUGGAUGGUGAGGGUUCAGUAAAUGAAGUGAGAAGAAAGAUCCCUGUGGGUCCCCAGGUGCAGGCCAGGCUUCCCAAAAGUGGGAGCUGAGGACCCUGGAAGAAGGGAAAUUUUCAAGAGAAAGAAAGGGGGGCACCUUGGCCAGAGCUUCCCCAUGGGGCUUGGGUGAGGCCAGCCUGCCUAUGUAGAGACCCUGUGUGGUUGGUGAUGAUGGUGCCAGGCUUCAAGAGCAUUCUGGUCCCGGUGAAGACUAGCAGGGCAGGGAGCGAGGGACGGUGGGUGGGAGGGAAUUGCAUGGUACCUAAUAGCAUUUUGGGUCUCUGUAGGGUGCACUGGGGGAGAGGGUAGACCCGGGGAGGCCUGUGGAGACAGGCUCGGGACCUGAGCUGGGGACUAGGGUGGGGACAGGGAAAGACAGAAGGGUCCAGGCCUUUGAAGAAGAGCCAUACCCUCCCCCAGCCCCUGUGCCCUGGUAUGCCAGGGAGGCCUGAGAGCCACGAGCUGUGCAGGGGGACGAGAGGCUGUGGUCAGGACCCAGGGCUGCUUUCUCUCCUCCCCUCACCUCAGAGGCCCUCACUGUCUCCCCCAGCUCCAGGUGCUGCUGGGACAUUGGCCUUGGCUGUGGGUGACAAGAGAAGCUGUGAGACUCAGAGAGCAGGGCCCAGCAUGAGGGCAGAGAUGAGAGCAGGGGGUGGCCCUGAGUACCUUGGGUUCUCACCUGGGAGGGUGGGUUCGAGCCCGAGCCGUUUCUUGUGCACGGUGCUCUCCAGUGGGGCAGGGCACCUUUGUGCAGCUGUGGCGGCCCCUGUGCCCCGUCUCCUGGCAUCUCCCCAGCCCAUCUGUGUUCCGUUGGUUGAUUGUUAAUAAACACAAGCUGCAGUCAU